AUGACCCCGCGGCCGCCCCUCCUCCUCCUGCUCGUGCCCCUCCUCCUCGCCAUUGCCUUGUCCUUGCCCGCCGCCUCCGCCGCGUCCACGCUCGCCGUCUCGUCCUCCUCCACCUCCCCCACCGUCUGCGGCGUCGACGCGUACAACGGCACCGUCUACUGCGCGCUGCUCCCGGGCUCCUCCAACUCCAACUCCUCUUCCAACCCCGUCGCGCAGUCCAUCAUCGCCUUCGCCGAGGUCUCCGCGGGGCGAGGCUUCGUGUGCGGCCUGCAGGCCGGUGGCGCCGCGCUCUUCUGCUGGCCGUCCACGCCCGCGCCGCAGUGGGGGCAGCUCCGCCGGCUCUACAACGGUCCCGACCCGCUCGCCGACCUCGCCGUCGGCGGGGACCACGUCGCGGCCUACGAAGCCAACACCUCCGCCUCCGGGACCGGGAGAGUCCUAUGGUGGCGCGGCGGGGACCGGUUCCCCGCGCAGGCCGACGGCGGGUUCCGCUCGCUCGUCUCCGGGGACGGCUUCACCUGCGCCGUCGAGACCAACGCGUCCGCGGCCGUCCGAUGCUGGGGCCCGCAGGGUAGCGCGGUGCAGGCGGGGCUCGCCAACGCGACCGCCGCGCCGUACCUCGCCGCGGGGGCUCCCGAGCAUGCACCGUCCUCGCCUCCGGCGCCGCGCUCUGCUCGGGCGCGGACGACGUCGGCGCGGCGGCGAACGCCUCUGCCGCCGGCGCGCUGCCAAGGGACCUCUUCGGGUACGGCCUGGCCGUCGGCGACUCCCACGCGUGCGCGCUCCGCCGGCCCAACCACACCGCGGUGUGCUGGAGCCUCGGGGGCCCACCACCACCCUUUCCUCGUCGCCGGCGGCAACUUCACGUGCGGCGUCGCGUCCAGCGACUACAGCGUGUACUGCUGGUCCGCGGGCGCCGAUGCCGCGCCCGUGCCGCUGCCGAAGAUCCGCCCCGGCGUCUGCGUCAGCGACGUCAGCGCCUGCUGCCGCGGGUGCGGCUUCAUACCGGGGUCGCAGCAGUAUUGCGGGGGCUCCAGCGGCAUCUGCAACGCGCUCCGUGAGGAUUCGACGCCUGCUCCCCCACCCGCUUCGCCGCCUCCACCGUCUGCGCCGUCGAGUAGGCGCGUGUCCAAGGCCUGGAUCGCGUUCUGUGUCGUCGGCGCGGUGGGUGGCUUCGCGGGGCUCUGCUCCAUCGUCUACUGCCUCGUCUUCGGCUUCUGCAGCAACAAGCGGGUGCACAACUCGGUGCAGCCCAACCUCAGCGCAACCGCUGCCGGCGCGGGCGCGGGCGGCGACAACAACGGCGGCGGGGGUGGUGCGACGGGCGGGAGCCCGUACGGGUCGCCGAACGGGUCGCGGGCGCGGAGCCUGUUCCGGCGGCAGCUGUCGCGCGUGAUGACGCGGCAGCGGAGCGGGCCGUCGUCGUUCAAGGACACCGCGGAGGAGUUCACGUUCGCGCAGCUGGAGGCGGCCACCAAGGAGUUCGCUCUGGAGGCGAAGAUCGGUGAGGGCAGCUUCGGCACCGUGUACCGGGGCAAGCUCCCCGACGGGCGGGAGGUGGCCAUCAAGCGCGCCUGCGAGUCGGGCCCCCGCGCGCGGCGGUUCCAGGAGAAGGAGAGCGCGUUCCGGUCGGAGCUGGCGUUCCUGUCCCGGCUCCACCACAAGCACCUCGUCGGCCUGGUGGGCUACUGCGAGGAGAACGAGGAGCGGCUGCUGGUGUACGAGUACAUGAAGAACGGCGCGCUCUACGACCACCUGCAUCCCAAGCCUGGGGCGGCGGCGCCGUCGCCGGUGGCGUCGUCGUGGAAGCUGCGCAUCAAGAUCCUGCUGGACGCGUCCCGCGGCAUCGAGUACCUGCACUCGUCGAGGUCGCGGUCGCGGUCGCAGUCGCAGCACCUGACGGUGAUGAAGGCGGCCGGCACGGUGGGGUACAUGGACCCGGAGUACUACGGGCUGCACCACCUGACGGUGAAGAGCGACGUGUACGGGUUCGGCGUGGUGAUGCUGGAGUCGCUGACGGGGCGGCGCGCCAUCUUCAAGGAGGCCGAGGGCGGGAGCCCCGUGUCCGUGGUGGACUACGCCGUGCCCAGCAUCGUGGGCGGGGAGCUCGUGAAGGUGCUGGACCCGCGCGCGCCGGAGCCCGCGGCGCACGAGGCCGAGGCCGUCGAGCUGGUCGCGUACACCGCCGUGCACUGCGUCCGGCUCGAGGGCAAGGACCGACCCGCCAUGGCCGACAUCGUGGCCAACCUGGAGACGGCGUUCGCGCUAUGCGAGGGAAGCGCCGGCGGCGGUGGCCGUGGAGGUGGCGGGUUCGGGAACAGCUCCUCCAGUGCUAGCCUCCCCUCCGUCACGUCGAUGGACCGGUCGGGAGCCCUGUGA